AUGUUCCACACCUUCGAGGGGUUCGAGAAUCCCACAGCAGCCUCGCCUGCCCGAAACCGACCUACUGAGCGACGCGAGUCUGUCGGUCGCCGAGUAACAACGCUUCGUGCCUGUACAUCAUGUCGACAUCGUAAGAUCAAGUGCGACGGCGAGAAGCCAUGCGAAGCCUGCCGAUGGUAUAAGAAAUCCGACCAGUGUCAUUACUCGGACCCUCGACCAUCACGAAGUUACCAAAGACACGUCGAGAAAUUGUCGACCACGCUCGAUGAAUAUCGCAGUGUGCUAAGCAAGCUGUUCCCUGACCUUGCUCCCGAGUCCCUGGUCAAUUUAUCUCGAGAGAAGUUGCUCGAGUUGACAGGGACCUACGACAACCUUGAAUCUCUCCAAAGCAUGCCAGAAGAGCUGGACGAUAGCCGCCACACUAGUUCAAGCGAUCUAGUGGAGGGUGUAUCUGAUGAUGUGAAUGCGCUUUCACUCUCUGCCCGGCAGCCGUCAUCCUACCUGGGAGUCUCCUCCAUUCAGGCCGUCCUCAAAGUCAUAGUCUGGCUGGAUCCAGGCUGCGCGGCAUACUUUGCCCGAACGCCAACCCGUGGCCAAACUUGCCUGGAAUAUGACAUCCAGCAGGUGUGGCAACAUCAACAGCCUGUCACCCCACCUCAACCGUCGAUACCUCCUACCGAAAUGCAAAUGCUUGAUGCAUAUUUUCUGUACUUCCACGCCUUCGCACCAUUGAUCGAUGAGCAACACUUCCGCGAAACAUAUAUGUCUGGUCGUCGUAAAGACGAUCAUUGGCUCGCACUACUCAACAUUGUGCUCGCCCUCGGCUGUGUAGCGGCCUCAACGCCCGACGACCCUACACAUCAAACAUACUUCCUUCGUUGCAAAGGCCAUUUAAGUCUGAGCUCUUUGGGCAGCUCUCACAUUGAAACCAUUCAGGCGCUGGGGCUGAUUGGGGGUUGGUACUGUCACUAUAUAAGUCAACCAAAUCUCGCAUAUUCUCUUAUGGGUGCUGCCCUGCGCAUGGCAGCUGGGCUGGGUCUACACAAGGAGUUUGCAGAGAGCCGUCAGACACCCAGCCCAUCCAAAUUUGCCUCGAUGGACCUCAAGCGACGCGUAUGGUGGUCACUCUUUGUGAUGGACACUUGGGGAGGUAUGACCCUUGGACGACCCAGUAUGGGCCGCUUUGGACCGAACAUCACCGUGAAGCCACCGAACUGCAGAGACAAGGAAAAUAUUCUUGAGAUUCUACCUCUCGUGGAAAACAUUCGUUUCGCCAAGAUCGCAACUCAAGUCCAGGAAUCGCUGGCUGCUGCUCCUCUUGUCAAACACCAGGAGAUGUCCCAUGCCGAUGCACAACUACAAGAAUGGUGGGAGAAUCUUCCACCAGUUUUGAAAGACCACGAACCUUGCACCGAAUCUGUUUGUACCGUUCGAACCGUGAUGCGUUGGCGCUACUACAACCAACGCAUGCUUCUCUAUCGCCCAACACUACUCAGCUACGCGAUGCGUCGAGUACCAUAUAUUGCCCUCCGCGCCGAAGAGCGCACCGCUAUCCAGAAAUGCCGCGAAGUUGCCGAGCUCUCAAUCCAAAACAUUGCUGCCACCGCACAGCUUAACCAGCUUUGCGGAUGGAAUGCUGUCUGGUGGACCUUCCAGGCCUCUCUAGUGCCGCUGGUCGGCCUCUUCCUCAAUGAUCCCACUGCUGAUGAUCAUCGCGCCACAAUCGAGUCUUGUCAGGCACAGGUUGAAACCGCCAUGACGACCCUUGCUCGGAUGCAGGCUUUUGGACAUACCGCGAAGCGAUCACUCGAUGCUGUCUCUCGCAUUUACGAAGCCAGCAAACGCGGUCAGGAUCUUGCUUCAGCGAGCAGUGCGUCUGGCUCCCUGCCGGGCAACCUCUAUCCGGUCAGUCGGGAGAUGAGCUCGAUGUUCUCUCCACCUGAGCCAGCGCGCAUGGCGAUGUUUGGCGAGAGCGGCGUCGCCGAUCCACUUGCCACCCCUUUCAUGGAUGACAGCGGCCAGUACUUGUGGGAAUACCUCAGCUGGAGUGAUAACACCAAUGUCUGGCCGGGGUUAUCAGACCUUGAUACUCGGAGCGAAGCCAUGGCACUGCUCACGCCGGACCAUGAGAAAGGGCCAAAGUUCGGUACACAGCCGUAUUUCGAGCCAAUGCCGGACUCGUACUUCACAAAUGCGCCGCUUUACUAUUGA